AUGAACCCUUAUAUCAGCUGGGCCAUUGUGCUCGUUGUCGCAGGUAGCCUAGGAUGGUAUUAUAGCGAAGUAAACACCAAACCCAAGAACCCUGCAAAGGCCGUUUUAGAAAAGGCAGAGUCCGUGGCUCCUGCGAAAAAGCAAAAACGAAAGGCAAAGAAGUCCCCCGAAACUGCUCCCGCCGCGGUUAGCGAGAAGCCCACCUUUGAGUUCAAGGCCCCCGAGGAGGAUGAGGUCCCCGAUGAGGAAAUCGACCACAAGGAGAUGGCGAAGCGGUUUGCGGCUGUGAAGAAUGGCACCUCUGCUACUCAAUUCGCUAGCAGCGAAAGCAAGAGCCAGAAGAAGAAGAAGAGCAAGACCGCCGCUAACCUCGAGCCUAGCAAUGGCGAGCGCUCUGCUUCCCGCGUUUCUACCAGGACUUCCUCGACUACCGGAGCUGAUGCUGACGAUGAUCUCUCCUCCGCUGGCUCGCCCAUGGUCAACCCUACCGCCGCCGGUUAUGUGUCCGACAUGCUUGAGGCUCCUGCCCCCGGUGCCUCCGUCCUCCGCGUGACUGGCAACGUUGACUCGAACUCCCAGAAGAAGAAGGCCAAGGCCGAGAAGUUCAAGGAGGUGGAGACCAAAAAGCAGCGUCAGCAGCGUCAAAAGAACGAAGCCCGUAAGCAGGAAGUUCAGGCCGCCGAGGAGCAGCGACGCAAGCUACUUGAGAAGCAGCUCCACACUGCCCGCGAGGCUGAGCGACGUGAAGCUAAAUCUGUGGCCGCCAACGCCGCCGCCAAUGCCUGGGCUCCCAAGUCUACCAACGGCACUCCUCGCUCCUCCCCAAAGCCUGAGCAAGCCCCCAAGGUUGAGCUACUGGAUACCUUUGAACCCAGCUCGACUUCCACCCAGUCGCCUGCCACCUCUCAGCAAUGGAAUCAAGGACUUCCUUCAGAGGAGGAGCAAAUGCGCAUUCUCGGCGCUGGUAACGGCGAUGAUGCGUGGACCACAGUCGGCACCAAGAAGCCCAAGAAGAAGAGCGGAAAGGCCGAUGAGAGCGAAGUCAGCGCUUCUGAAAGCCAGCCAACCCCUGCCGCUCCUACCCCUGUUGAGCCUAAGGUCAAGGUGACCCCGACUUACCUCCCCGAUAUCCUUCGAUCCAACCAAAAGGGCCACCCUCUGGACUCUGACUGGGCUGCUUGA